GCCAUUUCAUUUCAGCUUGGCUGCGUUUAACUUUUUGAUUUUUUCUGAAAGAGAAAAUCAAAAGCUAUUUCGCCACUUCGCUCCACCGGGACUCUCACAUUUCCGGCCGCCACCACCAUCUUCUCCUCCGACGUCUGCACUUUUAUUUAUCUAAGGAUAGUUUCUAUACUGGAUCAAUGGAGAGCAUCAGGUCUCCAUUCAAAGGAAUAAUCAAAGACGUGAAAGGAAGAUCUGCGUGCUAUAAAGAUGAUUGGAUCAGUGCCUUUCAUUCAGGCAUUAGGAUAUUGGCUCCAACUACUUAUAUCUUCUUUGCUUCUGCACUUCCUGUUAUUGCCUUUGGAGAGCAAUUGAGUAGAGACACUGAUGGAAGUCUGAGUACAGUGGAAACCUUAGCUUCUACUGCUAUUUGUGGCAUAUUCCACUCAGUAUUUGGAGGCCAGCCAUUGUUGAUUCUAGGAGUUGCUGAACCUACUGCAAUAAUGUAUACUUAUUUGUACAAUUUUAGUAAAGGGAAAGCUGAGUUAGGCCAGCAAUUGUACUUAGCCUGGGCUGGUUGGGUUUGUAUUUGGGCGUCCUUUCUGCUUUUCCUGCUUGCAAUUUUCAAUGCUGGUAGCAUUGUCUCUAAAUUCACAAGAAUUGCUGGGGAGCUUUUUGGCAUGUUGAUUACAGUUCUUUUCAUUCAAGAGGCUGUUAAGGGACUUGUUAGUGAAUUCCAUGUUCCCAAAAAUGAGAAUCCUCAAUUGGAAGAAUAUCAAUUUCAAUGGCUGUAUUCUAAUGGAUUACUCGCGAUCAUUUUCUCAUUUGGUUUACUCGUCACUGCUCUUAAGAGCAGGAAGGCAAGGUCAUGGCGAUAUGGCACAGGACAGCUCCGAAGUUUUAUCGCAGACUAUGGGGUUCCCCUGAUGGUACUGUUGUGGACUGUGUUGUCAUAUAGUCUACCAAGCAAAGUUCCUUCUGGAGUUCCUAGGAGACUACGUUCUCCACUUCUUUGGGAUUCUUCAACACUUUAUCAUUGGACUGUCAUUAAGGAUAUGGGAAAGGUUCCGAUGGUUUACAUUUCCGCUGCAAUUAUACCAGCCAUUAUGAUAGCAGGUUUAUACUUUUUUGACCACAGUGUAGCUUCGCAAAUGGCACAACAAAAGGAGUUCAAUCUUAGGAACCCAUCAGCUUAUCAUUAUGAUAUAUUGUUACUUGGAUUCAUGACAUUACUUUGUGGGCUGCUUGGACUCCCACCUUCAAAUGGAGUCCUCCCCCAAUCACCCAUGCAUACUAAGAGCCUUGCAGUUCUCAAGAGGCAGUUGAUUCGGAAGAAGAUGGUACAAAGUGCCAAGGAAUGCAUUGAUCGGAAAGCAAGCAACUCGGAAAUUUAUGGAAGUAUGCAAGCCGUGUUUAUAGAGAUGGAAACAGCUCCACCUACAGUUUCAGUAGAUAAAGAGUUGAAGGACUUGAAAGAGGCUGUAAUGAAAUGUGAUGAUGAAGGUGACGAAAACAAAAAGUUCGAUCCUGAUAAACACAUUGAUGCUUAUUUGCCUGUGAGGGUUAAUGAGCAGAGAAUGAGUAAUCUAUUACAGUCUCUGCUUGUUGGAUUAUCAACAUGUGCUCUGCCUCUAAUAAAAAAGAUACCUACAUCAGUUCUCUGGGGAUACUUUGCUUACAUGGCCAUUGAUAGUCUCCCUGGAAAUCAAUUUUGGGAAAGGAUUUUACUGCUCUUUGUUCCCCCUAAUCGACGUUACAAAGUAUUGGAAGGCGUUCAUGCUUCAUUUGUGGAAUUGGUGCCAUUCAAGCACAUUGCUAUAUUUACGAUCUUCCAAUUUUUGUACCUUUUAAUUUGCUUUGGCGUAACAUGGAUACCAAUUGCUGGAGUUUUGUUCCCACUGCCAUUCUUUAUUUUAAUUGGUAUAAGGCACUCUAUCUUUCCCAAGCUGUUUCAUCCUCAGCAUCUUCAAGAACUAGAUGCUGCUGGCUAUGAAGAAAUUACCGGUACUCCAAAGCGAAGUCGUAGUCUUAUGCUCAGGGAGAGAGAAGUGCCUGAGUUGGGGACAGAGUCUAGUGAUGGAGAUGAUUUUUUUGAUGCUGAGAUCCUGGAUGAAAUGACAACAAACAGAGGCGAAUUGAAACUUAGAACUUUAAGCUUCAAGGAAGACAAACUAUAUCAGGUCCAUCCACAGCAGUUUGAUAGUCAACAACAAUGAGUGGCGGUAGCAAUUAGGAUGUCGAAAGAAGCAAAGAGCUCAUAGAUUACAGUGAAGAUGAUAGCCAACUUAGAUCCUAGAGGCAAUUGGGUGAAAUAUCAGAAGAGUCUGCAAGUACACAAGCAAGUUAAACAAUUAACGGAAGACAAUACCGAAAAAACAAGCCACUGGUAAGGGAGACAAUGAAGAGCUUGACUAGUUUUCUGGUCGUUUUUUGAGUUUUCCAAGUAGGUAGAGAGAAUUGGACAAUUGAUUAACAACUUUUUGCCGUAGACUUUCAAUAUCAUUUGAACCAAAUUAUGGGUCAAGACUGAGUCGAGGAUAGAGAAACGCGACAUGAUAAAUAGAAAGGAACAAAAAGAUUCAAAUUCAAAUUAUACUAGUUUUGCACUAAAAAUUUGAUGAAUGGUUUUGUUACUCCUUACAAAGAGUGUAAUAAUAAGAGGAAUUCCUUCUAA